AGUCAGUCCCAGAUAGCAAAACGCAUUAGUGACUAAGACUACUAGACCUAGAGCGACUAUGGCAGUCUAACAAAACUGUCUAAGAAGACAGUCUAAGAAAAAAUAAGAAAACAAGAAACCUACACGAUAUCAAAUCUUAUGAACAACUUCUCACUAACAUAUGAAUCAUUAAUUGCCUCUGAGACAAACUUAAACAGAGCGACCUAAAGUCGCAACGAUACCAGUGCUACCCUUCUUUUGCUUUUAUCACUCUCGUUAAUCAGCUCCCGCAAAAACCACAAAAUUAGCCAUUUGACUUAAAACUAACUUACUUUCUUAUCGCCAGUCCUAACCAUUGUAGUAAUGCAGCCUUCCAUCCAUACAUUGCUCUUCAUUUUCUGUUCAACCACUCUCGACCUCAGUCUGCAGUAAAUCAAAAAGCAAGAAAGAUGCUGCUCGCAACAGUGUUCCUCGUGUUUGGUGCAGUGCAAAUUACCCACCGUCAGCAACUCCUUGCCGCUAGUGUUGAUCUGCCGGGCUUCCACUUCGAGCUUCUGCUGACCCAUCUGACAGAGAUGGAGAAUCGGCUGCAAGCAACGCUCGCCGAAAUAGCUCAAAAUCAAUCCCAACAGCUGGAGCAGAUCUGCGGUUUGGGUGAGCCUCGUCCCUUUCCGGGGGGUGAUAAACUCCCCGCAGCAAGGCGAUCGAACAUCUAUAGGCUAGAAAAAAUAGCCGAACUCACCGGUGGAAAAAACCUGGCUGGUGAUUGGAUCCUGUUUCAGGAACGAUUCAAUGGUUCGCUCAAUUUUAACCGUACCUGGGACGAGUAUCGGGUCGGCUUCGGUAACCCGCUGGGUGAACAUUGGCUUGGUUUGAGAGCGCUCGAGCAACUGCUGGCCAAAGGACCGCACGAGCUGCUGAUCGUUAUGGAAAGCUUUAAAGGUACCACCGUGUACGCACACUACGAUGCGUUUAGCAUUGGCACGGAGCGCGAAAAGUAUGCGAUAAAAACGGUGGGCAAAUACGCCGGCACAGCUGGUGAUUCGCUAUCGUUUCACGUCGGUUCCAAAUUUUCUACCUACGAUCAGGAUAACGAUGAGCACGGGUUGAACUGUGGCGCCCAGUACGGUGGCGGCUGGUGGUUCAAGGACUGUUACUCAUGCUUCCUAAACGGCAUUUAUGUUACCACCAGUCAGGGCACGGAAAUGGGGCUGAUUUGGUUCACCUAUACCGGAGCGUUUCAGUCGUUGAAAUCGUCAAAAAUGAUGAUUCGGCUUCGUAGUGCACCGUAGCAAAGUUCAGAUAAUUUAAAUCAACAUUCAAAAUCCCUUCAAUAUCAACAACAAUACCCCAAUCACUGUAUUGUUUUAUCAUACGUCAUGUUGUGUGUGGUUUUUCCAACAAAAAUCUAUCCAAUGCUUUGCCAUACAACGUCUUAUGGAAUGCGCUCGAACAACAACAGAAAAUCAGACCCUUGACUGCUGUAACAUUCACUCUUAUUGCCCACUUUCAUGCAACUAUGGGCCGCAUUAGCAUUGGAAUGACUCACUUUUAGCCGUUUGCUAUUCAUCGAUCUCACCGAAGCAAACGCAAAGGAGCAAAAACAACCGCUGCCUCGAGCUGUUCGCGGACUAUACUGCGUUGCCCUUGAAAAGUGUACCCUGCCUUUGAGGGUCGACCUCGAAACGAACGUCCUUCCCGACCUUCCUGACAAAGCGGUUCUCGAAGCGGCCAAAAGCAGAUACCCUGCACGCGCAGGAAAAUCAAUAAACCGGCUACCUUGCGAAAAAA